CCCAAGGCCAGGCUGGACACUGGGGCUGGAGCAGCCUGGCACAGGGGAAGGUGUCCCUGCCAGGGCAGGGUGGCACUGGGUGGGCUGUGAGGGCCCUCCAGCCCAGCCCAUUCUAUCAUUCCAUGAUCCCACAACCCGAGCAGACCCCCAAGGCUCUGGCAUUCCCUGCACCUGCACAGCAGGAUGGGAACAGCCCUCAGUGCUGCUGCCUUGUGCCUUCCCUCCCACCUGCAUUCCCCCCUGCUCCGAGUGCCCCAGCACACAAAUCCUGGGGGGUGUCCUCUGCCCAUGCUGCUUUUCCUGCUCCCACUCCCUGAUGUCAGAACACCCCUGUGGCUGCCAGCACCCCCUGGGUGGUGCCCAGUGCAGCACUGGCAGCACCCAGGUCCUGGAGGGGCUGAUAAGGGGGUGCAGGAGGGUGGGCACUGGUGGUAGCCUGGCAGCCUUUUCCCUGCAUAUUCCCUCUUCCUGCCCCUGCCAGGCUGAGCUCGCCUUCAUUUGCCAUGGUGGUCCAGCCCCCAGCUGUGGGGACUGGAUUUUCUGGAGAAAAGGCAAAUCCACCAUGGUGCACUGGUCAGCCGAGGAGAAGCAGCUCAUCAGCAGCCUCUGGGCCAAGGUCAACGUGGAGGAAUGCGGCGCCGAGGCCCUGGCCAGGCUGCUGAUCGUCUACCCCUGGACCCAGAGGUUCUUCUCUGACUUCGGGAACCUGUCCAGCCCCACGGCCAUCAUCGGCAACCCCAAGGUGCGUGCCCAUGGCAAGAAGGUGCUGACCUCCUUCGGGGAAGCCGUCAAGAACCUGGACAACCUCAAGGGCACCUACUCCAAGCUGUCCGAGCUGCACUGCGACAAGCUGCACGUGGACCCCGAGAACUUCAGGCUCCUUGGGGACAUCCUCGUCGUCGUCCUGGCGUCCCACCUGGGCAGGGAUUUCUUCCCUGUGUGCCAGUUUGCCUGGCAGAAGCUCGUGGGUGUGGUGGCCCACGCUCUGGCCCACAAGUACCACUGACCACCCCGGGGACAGCAGGAGCCCCGGGCCAGUGCCAGCCCCAUGGGGACCCCUGACCCCGAUAAACCCUCUGAUAAAACUUCCAAUACCCCUCCAAUAAACCCUCCAAUGAACCCGUCUGCCAGCUCCUGUGCAGUGUCCGUG